UGACGAGUCAGCACAAUGCUGCUGAGACCGCGGAGGCGCAGAGCGAUGAAAUGCUCCCAUCGAGGAGAACAUAGAUGGACAGCCUAGUUCAGCCGCUCGUCGCCCAGUACCUCGCCAUGGGCUGUCAAUCAAAGGAAAACAACCAAAACGAAAGUAUAACGUCGGACGAAAAGGGAAAGGAAGAUGCGAGAGUGUCUCCAGGAUGCAGCUCCAGGUCUAGAGUUUCUCCUCCAGGCCGCCCUCACAGGUUCCACAAACCCAGCCCGGCCCAAACCACCCCAGGGAAAUCCAUGAUGUCCCUGGGUCCCCUGACCAAAGGGGGGAGCUGGGAGGACCUCAUCCAGGCCUGUCUGCAGUCCUUUGACUCGGAUGGUGGUGUGUGUGGAAGCAGCCACCUGUUGAACAUCACCCUGACCAUGCACCGCAUCCACAUCUCCUCCUGUGAUCUGCUGGACAAACUCACCACUCUAUUCAAAAUAGCGCUGGACAAUGAGCAGACAACAGAGUGCCAGAGGAUAUGCUACCUUAUCAGGCAUUGGAUCCAGGAAUUCUGGAUGAUGUUCCGGUUGCACCACAGCUUGUCAGACAGCCUGGAGCAGUUUCGGGAGCUGAUCAGAGAGCAGGGACAGGAGCAUCUUUGCUCUCUCCUCGAGACCAAAUGGAUAAAUGAACGGGACUGGUCGUGGAAGGCCAGCCAGAAGAUCAAAGCUAACAGCAGUAAAAAAAGGAAGGUCUCUCUUCUUUUUGAUCACCUGGAGCCCAUUGAGCUGGCUGAGCAUCUCACAUUCCUGGAAUUCAAGUCCUUCUGCAGGAUAUCAUUUGUAGACUUUCAGAAUUACAUUCGAAGCUGCUGCAUGAAGGACAUCCCCGUGAUGGAGCGUUCCAUCGCCCUGUGUAAUGGUAUCUCCCAAUGGGUUCAGCUGAUGGUGCUGAGCAGGCCAACAGCUCAGCUGAGAGCUGAGGUUUUCACCAAGUUCAUCCACGUGGCACAGAAUCUACAUCUCAUGCACAAUUACAACACGCUAAUGGCGGUGGUGGGAGGGCUUUGUCACAGCUCGAUCUCCAGACUGAAGGACACCACCUCACAUGUAUCCAACGAGGUCACCAAGGUACUGAACGAGAUGACAGACCUGCUGUCCUCAUGCAGAAACUAUGACAACUAUAGACAAGCUUACAACAAGUGUACAGGUUUUAAAAUCCCUAUUCUGGGCGUUCACCUCAAAGAUCUGAUUUCUGUUAACGAGGCCAUGUCUGACUAUGUGGAGGACAACAAGGUGAACGUUCAGAAGCUCCAGGCACUCUACAACCACAUUAAUGAGUUGAUCCAGCUCCAGCAAAUCCCGCCGAGGCUGGACGCAAACAAGGACCUGGUCCAUCUGUUGACGCUGUCUUUGGACCUUUACUACACUGAGGAUGAGAUAUAUGAACUGUCUUACACCAGAGAACCCAAGAACUGUAAAGCACCUCCAGCCACCCCCUCUAGACCUUCAGUGGUUGUGGACUGGGCACCAGGAGUGGCUCCCAAACCCGAUCCCCGAACCAUCAGCAAACAUGUGCAGAGAAUGGUGGAUUCCGUUUUUAAGAACUACGAUCACGACGAGAACGGCUUCAUCUCUCAAGAGGAAUUUGAGAAAAUUGCAGCUAGCUUUCCGUUUUCCUUCUGUGUCAUUGACAAAGAAAAGGAAGGCCUCAUCAGCAGAGAGGAGAUCACAGCCUAUUUCAUGCGGGCAAGUGUCAUCUGCUCCAAACUGGGUCUUGGCUUUGUCCACAACUUCCAGGAGACCACUUACAUGAAACCAACCUUCUGUGACAACUGCUCAGGAUUUCUGUGGGGUGUCAUCAAGCAAGGCUACAGAUGCAGAGACUGUGGGAUGAACUGCCACAAGCUGUGCAAGGAGCAGGUGGCGUUUGAGUGCAAGAAGAACGCCAAAGUGACCAACGCCAUCGACAGUCCGACACCGAGCUCCAGCUCUGUCACCAUGGGCACCUCAGAGGGUUCAGAAGAAUGUCCUUUCCCCUACCCGCCAGAUGACAGCAAAGACUGGAGCCCAGACUCCCCAGUCACCUCCUAUUCGAGGCCUCGGAAGGUCCAUAGUGCCACCCAGACAGAGGGACUCCAACUGUCUUCUGCGGACCAAGAGGCCAGCUACCUUCAGCCUUCUCUGCUGGUCCCAACACCACCACCCCUCACCUCAUGUCCCAGCCCGGUGCUCCAGAGAAAACAGCGACACUGUGUCAAGUGGGAAAACAGAGCGUCGGUUGUGCAAAAGCCUAAAGAGCCAGAUGAGGAGAACAAACCCACCUAUGAAUCUCUGGAAUCGGACAACCAGAGGCUCCAGAAUGCCAAUGGGACACUACGUAGGAAGCUGAAGGACGCAGAGCGGGAGGUGGAGAUACUAAAGACACUGCUCAAGAGGCAUGCUCUCCACCCUGUGGAGGAGGACUCCUCCUCCUAGACACACACUUACUCUGGACCUCCUCAAGGGAGAUUGCUGCUGCCCCCCUAUGGCAGCAUGUAUACAUCUGGAUCCAAUAAGUUAUUGGUCAUGAACAGUGCAAGUAUUUUACCAGUCUGACCCAAUCAAUCUGGCGUUGGGUGGUCUAAAGCAGGUUAUGAUGCACAUAGCUAGUCACAGUGUUUUAAUGCUAACGGUA